GUUUUUUUAUUAAAAAUUGUAAUAUAUGAAAUGGUAAUAAAAGAUUUCUCACAAAUCUAAUUGCUUCCUAAAACGAAGAAUAGGAACGAAAUAAUUCGAUGGGAACAGAAAAUUGAUAGUUUCGAUACUGCGAGAGUCCAUUAAAAGCCCAAAAAGAAGCAGCACAAUCCGGUCAAGCUCUGUCUCUUCAACCUUGCAAUUCAUCAAUUCUUCAAUUUCAAGGUUUCAGAUUGCAAUACCCACAAACAAGACCUUCCUUCAAAACCCCACACCCACCGGCACAAUAAAAACCCACAAAUUCAAUCCUUUAAUCUUCAUUCUUUAAUCAACCCACCAAAAAGCAUGACAACCAUUGUGUCAUUACAAAGCUCGUUUGCGCUGCCAUUCUUCUUCUUCAUCUUUCUCGCUAUCUACCUUACAGGAUACCUCGUCCUUUUCCGCAACCACAGCCCCAAGAUCCGACCCGAAUUCUCCAGCUGCCUGAUCUCCCUCUUCCAUGGAACUCCGGCCGCGCUCCUCGGCGCCGCUGCAAUUCUCUCCGACGGCCACCGUGGCUUCGCGGCGCCGAACACUGCCUUCCAGAAACUCGUAUUGGACUUCAGCACCGCCUACUUCCUCAUGGAUCUGCUCCACUACGUUGUAUUCUACCCUAGGGACGUGCUCUUCAUCGCGCACCACGUUGCCACGCUCUUCGUCGUCGUCACGUGCCGUCACGUGGUUUCGCACGGCGCGUUCUCUGUCCUCGCGCUGCUCGUCCUCGCUGAAGCUACCAGCGCGUGCCAGAACGCGUGGACAAUCGCCGGUGCGCAACGCCGCGAGGACCCGUUCGCCGCGAGGGUGUACGACGCGCUUUCUCCGCCGUUUUACGCUGUUUAUUCGGUGGUGAGGGGUUUCUUUGGGCCUUAUUUUGUGUACCAGAUGGUUGUGUUCUACGCAAGUGGGGGUGCGCGUGGGCUUGUUCCCGCUUGGAUUUGGGUUUCUUGGGUGAUGGUUGUGGUUAUGGCUAUUGGGGUUAGCAUUAUGUGGAUUUCAAAUCUUUGGAUUCAAUUUUAUAGGGAAAGAACAAGAAAAUUGGAGGAGAAAAUUAGAUAGGGAUUGUUGUUGUAAGCA